AUUGAUAGCAAUCGUAGUAUCCAGGCGUACUGUCUUCUUUCAGCUUGCUAAUUCUCGUCGUAAACUCUAUUCUUUUAUUUGUCUUUCGUUCUUUCUCGAUUACCCAGCAAGUUUUGGUUAUCGAGAGAGAAUUCUUUGUUCUCUUAUUCCAACUCUUUCUCCUUCUCUUUAUAGCUCGAGCUGGAAUUCUGUUUGUCACAAUAACUUAUUUAUUUUCCUGCUUUUUUGCUCGGCAAGCAUAUAUCUGCUGUGUUGUUCUGUCUUUUUCACAUACCAUAAGCUACAGGAAUCCAACAAAACAAGGGACAGGGUAAUAUCUAUUUGAUUAUUUAUUCUACGUCGGUGAUUAUAUUGCUUAACAGGGUGUGUAUUUUAAUUGUUUUGCGGCAAACAGGAGCACUUUCAUUUCUUUAAGAAACGUUCGGGUUUUGACUGGGCGAACAAACGAAAAUCCAAAUUUACAUUUUCAUAGAAAGAACGGUUCCUUGAUGAGUUCUAUGACUUCCUUGAGCUCUAUGAGUACGAAUGCUGUGACAUAUCAGCCUCCGUGGAGAAGAAUUCGCUUCGUCGGAAUUGCUGGUCCAUCAGGAAGUGGAAAAACUUCUGUAGCUCAGUCAAUUGUUAAGUCUUUAAACCAGCCGAAUGUUGUUAUCCUGUCCCUUGAUUCCUUUUACAAGCCUCUGACCCCUGAACAGCGUCAGCAGGCGCUGCAAAACAACUAUGAUUUUGACAAACCCGAGUCUAUUGACUGGGAUUUGCUUUAUGAGAAGCUUGUCGAGAUCAAAGCUGGUCGGAAGGUUGAGAUUCCUGUGUACAGUUUCAUUGAGCACAAUCGCUUAAAUGAGACCAUUACUGUGUAUGGAGCUAGCAUCAUUAUUGUUGAGGGAAUUUUUGCUUUAUUUAAUGAAAAUAUCCGCAGCCUAUUUGAUGUUUCCAUCUUCCUGGACACAGACCCGGACGUUUGUUUGUCCCGCAGAUUAAGUCGAGACAUUACCUACAGAGGUCGUGACAUACUGGGUGUGCUGCAGCAGUAUUCUCGCUUCGUGAAGCCUAGUUAUGACACGUAUGUUCGUACGCAAGCCAAGUAUACGGACAUUAUCGUUCCUCGCGGUCGCGACAACAAGACUGCCUUGAAUAUGGUGUACAACUAUAUUAUUCGAACACUGUCGCACCAAAGCUCUGGCCAUAUGCGCAACUUGAGUACGUUGCAGGCAAUGGCGCCUACGAUCAACGACAUAACUUUGAAUAUCAUUGAGUUACGAAAGACGCCCGAACUCGAAGCUAUCAAGACAAUUUUGUUAGACAAAUCUACGGACUCUGACUCUGUACAAUUCUAUCUUAGUCGUAUUGGUUCUAUGUUGAUGAGUCUUAUGAGCGAUUGUUUGGCGUUCGAAGAAACAGAAGUGACGCUGCACAGUGGCUCCAAGUGGACUGGUCUGAAACUGGCCAAACAGAUUUGCGGUGUUUCCAUUCUGCGGUCAGGAGGCACCUUGGAAGCAGCUCUUCUGAGACAGUACACAGAUGUGAGAAUGGGCAAGAUUCUCGUACAAAUUCAUGGUGAGACUGGUGAGCCGAGCUUGAAGUUCUACAAAUUCCCGCAUGGUAUUGCUGCCAUGGAUGUUGUCCUUAUGGCGGCCGCCCUGCGUGAUGAAGCGAAUGUGCUUAUGGCACUUCAGGUGCUCGUAGAUUUCGGUGUUCCGCAAGAGAGCAUUAUUCUUGUGGUUUAUGUUUCGUUGGUUGAGAGUAUCAAAACCUUAUCCUUGGUAUUCCCCAAAAUCACUAUUGUCACUGCUUUCGUAGAGCCUAGUGCUGAGCGUUGUUUCUCAAUGCUCGAUAUCGAGGGUGUUUACUUUGGUUGUUAGAGAGAUAUUUCUUGCACUCGUACUGUAGAAGGAAAAAAUAUAUGAUGUACAUAGUUUUAUAAUAGUCAAUGAGACUUGCAUAUGGUCUUCUUUGUUUGCACAUUGGCGAGGAACAUAUAAUAUUAACGUACUUGAGC